UUUGUGUUAGUGCAAACCUAAAUAAAGGAACUAUACGCCUGGUUUUAUUUUACAUUUAUGUAUAUAUAAACUUAUGAGAGUUUUGUUAUCACUUAACUUAUCCAGAAUGCGCUUGUAAUGCUUUCGAAGGCUUAAUGCAAAUCUCAUUAUUUGUAGAUAUUGAGUCAUAAUCUUUCUGUUGACGGAAUAUACCCAACAACUUUUGAACUUUUCUGCGUAAAAAUAUCCCAAACGUCACGCACAACAUGAUGAAACAUCGUACAGUCUGAUACAAACUAAUUUUAUUUUCAUUUUUUAGAACUUGUAAAGUAUCAAAGUUGCAUUACACAUAUUAAAUAUUACAAUGUAGCAGCUUGUCAAGUUUAUUUAUAAAAGAAAACAUGUACAGAUGAUUUACUGUUUUGUAUUUAUAACAAAACAUUCACAACUACACGCACAAAGCAUAGAUUUCUUACUAACAGUACGCAUUUAUAUUUUAUUGCACUUUUAGUUUAUUAUCACUUAUUUAUGUACCUACUUAAAAUCGUCGAAAUUUCCCCAUCGUGUAUUGUGUAUUCAAGACAAUACAAAUGGACAAUCGUCACAAAUCAAUUGUUUAACAAACAACCCAUCAAGAACCUAUAAUAAUAUGCACGCACUUGAAGCCGGCUACAGUUGUGUGCAGUGUCGACAAGCGCGCACUCCACGUGUUAGCUCCGAGCGCAAAAACGUGAUUCACAAAAAGCGUUUUCCGUGUUAAAACGUGCACAUACGUUUUUCUUUCGUUUGCGCUUUCAAACCGGCGACGCGUCGUUGGCUUUCGCUUUCAGUUUGCUGUGCGCGCUUUCCGCGAUCAGCUGAAAAUCACUACCAGUCGAAAUGAAAAGCACAAAAACUAACAAUAACUACUUAUAAUUAAUUCGCACUACGCACACCAAACGUGUCUAAUAAAUAACUAAAUAAUAGUGAAAAACUUUUCGUUUGUGUCUGGUAUGUCCACGAACAGUCGCGCAAAACGAAGUUCAAUGAAUAAAAAAUCAAUCGAAAGAUUUAUGAUACACUGCACACCAAUCGAAGAGCCAACAAAAGAAGAACAAUAGAAAACAUACCAAAAUAAAAGCAAAGCAAAACAAAGAGUGUGAACGAUUGACUCGUCGUGACACCCUGAAAGAAUUACAAAGUGCUUUUCACUUGUCGGUCGAUGUUCUAACUGAAAACAGUUCAAAUUGCAAUUCGAAAAAUUCCAUGACAUAUCUAUCAAAAGUCAUUUAAACAUUAGAUACUUAUCAAUAAUUUGUGCAAAAAUAAGUGGCGAUUCAAGAUAAUCGCACUUGGAAACGGUGCGCAGCGAUUGAGUUAAUAAUGAGUGCCGGUGAUGUGGUGGACGACGUCGACGUCGAAGGUUCAGCGGAAGAAGCAGCGAUUUCUAAGCAACAGGGUCGGAAAGCACCCGAUGGUGGAUGGGGUUGGUGGGUCGUCUUUGGAUCGUUUAUGAUACACGUUAUCACUGAUGGUAUUACAUACUCGUUCGGAGUCUUCUACGAUGAAUUCCUCACGUAUUUCAACGAAGGUAAAGGACCCACUGCAUGGAUUCUUUCAAUUCUUGUCGGUGUCACAUUCUGUUCUGGUCCUAUAUCUUCGCUGAUGGUAAACCGCUGGGGCUGCCGUGUCGUAACAAUCAUCGGCGCCAUUUUGGCAUCAGUAUGUCUUGCCGUAAGCGUCUGGGCCAAAAACAUCGCAAUGCUCUAUGUGACAAUUGGUCUGGGCACCGGAUUUGGUUUCGGCCUCAUCUACCUCCCAGCAAUCAUAUCAGUAUCAACUUAUUUCGAAACCAAACGCAGCUUGGCCACAGGUAUCGCUGUUUGUGGGAGUGGAUUUGGCACGUUUAUAUUUGCGCCGAUAAUCACUGUACUUGUGGAAAAGUAUGGAUGGCAAACGUCGAUGAUGUUCACAGCAGCUGUAGUGUUAUCCUGCAUAAUAUUUGGUGCAUUAUUCCGUCCGCUAGACGAUGAUUCUUCAGAAGAUAAAACAUUGUCAUUGAGAAGCACCACUGGAAAGAUGAGUCUUCAAAUCGGUAGCUACAGUAAUUACUACUUAGCCAGCGGUAGCACUUCACCCAACAAAUUACAAAGAGCGAAAAGUACGGCUGAACUAUCAUCCUAUGGCGCUAUUCCUAAUGAAGUUUUAGCUAGCACACGAUCAGAAGGUGGAGCUUGCAAUCGCGCAAGAAGAAUUUUAGAUCAAAAAGAUUUGUUCUUUACUAGAAGUAUUCAAAGUCUAGAAGGAUCCGCUGAACCAAUCUUGGCACGAAGUUUCAGAAACAGUCGGAAGAACUGUUUUGGUGAAACCAAAGACACCUUGAUGCAACUAAUGGACGUAUCAUUACUCUACGACUCUAUUUUUAUAAUAUUUUCGAUUAGUAAUUUUCUUACUUCCAUCGGAUUCAACAUACCGUAUGUGUACAUCGUGUCACGGGCGAAAGGAUUAGGAAUAUCCCCAUCCAACGCAAGUUUGAUACUGAGUGUUAUCGGUAUUGCCAAUACUGUAGGACGAAUUGUUUUGGGAUACAUAUCAGACAAAACUUGGGUUAACCGCUUAUGGGUGUAUAACACUUGUCUGACGCUGUGUGGAAUUGCAACAGCGUUGAGUUGUUUUUGUAGUGAUUUUUAUUCAUUGGUUGUGUAUGCCAGUAUCUAUGGUUUUUUGAUUGGAGCCUACGUGGGUUUAACAUCAGUUAUCUUGGUUGAUCUUCUGGGUCUAGAUAAAUUAACCAACGCAUUCGGGCUUCUGUUACUCUUCCAAGGCAUCGCAUCAUUGAUUGGUCCGCCCAUCGCUGGUGUAUUAUAUGAUGUCCUUAAAUCCUACGAUCCAGGAUUCAUGGUCGCUGGUGUUACGAUUGCACUAAGUGGACUAAUACUUUUCUUCAUACCAUGCAUCCAACGACGGCGAUCAAGAAAGAACGCCGUGUGUGGCGAACACCAUUUUUAAAUUUGUCACCAACAAAAUAAUGUUGGGUUUCAUUUUUAGUUGUUGAUAAUGUAAUCGAUAUAAUAUAUACAUAUUCAAUAACAUUGUAUUUAUCGAAACGUGGACACUGACUGUAAACAGUUCCUACGUUGCUACAUAUCAAUGCCGUCAAUGCCUCCAUCAUCAUUUUUAUCACUAAAAAUGAUGGAAAUAGCAAACCUGUUAAUUAAUCAAGACUGCAGUAUUUACUUUUACAAUACAAUCGUGAGAAACUAGUUAAGUUUCUUAAAUUAUUGUGUUGCUUAUACAAAUCAUCACAUAUAGUCAAUAUUUACUCAAAUUUUAGAUACAAGCAAAUUUUUAGAAUAUUUAUAAGUAAGCGCACAAAAUUUAAAAAAAAUAGUUAAAACUUGUAUAAAAUAUUGUCUCAUUGAUUAAAUAUUUGUUAAUUUAAAUAGUUCUAAGUCUUUAUAUUUAUUUGUUAGACUUUCAAAUUUUAUAUCAAAUAAACUUAAUGUAUAUAUUUCAUUAAAAUACAAUUCUUUAAAAAACAAA